ACAGGACUGAAGUCGAGAUAUAAACAUUCCGAAGUGUCCUAUCAGAAAACUGCGGGUGUUUGAGCAUACAAGACACGUUGUAUCAUUUAUAAUUUUACAUUAUCAAACGAAUAUAAUGUUCACAUAAUCCCAUAUUAUCUUUCAUGUUCAUGUGUUAUCGAAUGUUAGCAUGUGCCCAAUUUGAAUUUAAUUAAUCAGAUUUUAAUCGGAAAAUGAAUUGGUAUUGUGUUUUGACAUUGUUUGUGGUCGUGAGUGCUCAUGAUAAUAGAUAUGCCUUGAAUAUCCUGCAUUAUAAUGAUUUUCAUGCGAGAUUCGUAGAAACCAGUCCAGCGGGCACACUUUGUAAUCCGACCAAUGCACCAUGUAUUGGAGGAUUUGCCAGACUUGCUACUAAAGUAAGGGAGAGACAAGCAGCUGAACCAGACUCCUUGCUACUAAAUGCAGGAGAUAGCUUCCAGGGUACCAUAUGGUACAAUAUCUUUAGAUGGAAUGUAACUCAAGAGUUCAUGAACAUGCUCAAACAUGAUGCUCAUGUCUUAGGAAACCAUGAGUUCGAUAACGGCAUUGAAGGCGUAGUACCUUAUCUUGAGCACUUGGAUUCUCCUGUAGUCACUGCCAAUAUUAUUGAUGACGAUGAGCCAAGUAUCCAAGGGCUGUACAAACCAAGUAUUAUAGUAGAACGAGGAGGACGGAAGAUUGGUAUAAUCGGUGUUAUUAUUGCCAUUACCGAUCAACUAGCAUCUACUGGAAAACUACAAUUCACCGAUGAAGUUGAAACAGUCAAAGCAGAAGCGGAGAAACUACACCAACAAGGAAUCGACAUCAUUAUAGUACUGUCACAUUGCGGUCUUGAUAUUGAUAGAGAAAUAGCGGCUAACGGUGGUCCUCACAUCGACAUCGUUGUAGGAGGUCAUAGUCACACCCUGCUCUUUAAUGGUGAGCCUCCAGAGAACAGCGGGUUUGUCCCUCGUGGUCCCUAUCCGGUCGUUGUGGAUACUGACGGCGGACCGGUAUUGAUCGUCCAGGCUGCCGCGCACACACAGUAUCUUGGCGAGAUCAAACUGUUUUUCGAUGACUCAGGCAAUCUACUUGAUUGGGAGGGUCAUCCUCAUUACAUUGGGAAUGAAAUCGAACAAGCGCCCGAUGUUUUAGAAAAAAUUAAAGUAUACCAACCAUUGAUCGAAGAACAAGCGUCAGUGGAAGUAGGUUCAUCGCUCGUGCACUUGUCUUCAAGGUGCGCUUGCGGUGAAUGUAACCUUGGCAGUCUUAUCUGCGAUGCUUUCAUGCACGAAGUCAUGGACAGAGCCCAGGGUAACAAUUGGCAUCAUGCUCAUUUCUGCGUUAUCAACCAAGGCGGUAUCAGAGUGGACAUCGAACCUGGAAAAAUAACGUUCGAAUCUGUGAUCUCAUCGACACCGUUCGAGAACAGCGUUGAGGUUUUCGAUUUAAGAGGAGACCACAUUAUGGAAAUGCUCGAAUUUUCUGUCGCUAAUGAUCCCUAUGCUGGUGCGAGAAUGUUGCAAGUAUCUGGAUUGUUGCUGACAUUCGACGGGUCGAGGCCGCUAAAUGAACGCGUUCUGAACGUGGCCGUCAGGUGCAUCGCCUGCGACGUCCCCAGAUACGAACCGCUGGAGCUUGACAAGUAUUACAGAGUCGUCUCCCAGAGUUUCAUUGGAACCGGUGGCGAUGGAUUCUCUAUGAUUUCAAACAACCGUAAGAACGUAACAGUCGUGGGCGUCGACUAUGAUCUGCUGAUGAAGUACGUGAGGCACCAGUCUCCAGUGUUCGCGGACGUGGAUGGAAGGAUACACAUCGACAAUCCAUGUAUAGUCUGAGUACAAUGUACGGAGUGAAAUAUAACGUUUAUUUGAA